GAAAAUGUCAAUGGCAGGAGUUUUUGCCCACUCGGCUUCCGUAGAAGCAGGAAACGGUAUCGUUGUCGUUUUGAGUAGUGGUCUCAUCGUCGGUUAUUAUAUCAAGUUUGUAAUGUGUCACUCUUGAAGUUUCAACAACACGAAGCUUUAAAGUUGUGAUGGGUGACAUUCGUCUGUCCUUGCUGCCCCGCGAUGUGCUGAGUGCAGCCAAGGAGCUGCUGUACCACCUGGACAUCUAUAUCUGUAACCUGGUGCAGUCUGGGAUGCAGCCUCCUCAGGUUGACGCCAAAACUCUGGAGCUGGUGGAAGAGUUCAUUCUGCAUGCACCCAAGGACAGAAAUGCUCCAGUCAGGAGGAUGAGUGCUCUCCAGGAGCUCCAGCUGCUGGAGAUUAUGUGUAGCUGUUUCCAGGAACAGAGUCGAGACACAGUCCGUCAGCUUAUGUUCUCUGCCCUCUUCAGUCUCCAAGGCGACCAAGCAGACGAAAGCCGAAUGUCACUGUUAGGCAAGCUGGUCUCCAUGGCAGUUGCUGUGGGCAGGGUCCCUAUCUUGGAAUGUGCAGCAACCUGGUUACAGAGAACACAUCGUGUGUACUGCGUACGUCUGGCACAGGUGCUGGUAGACGACUACUGUAGUAUGGUGCCCGGCUCAGUGCCCACCCUACAAAACAUCCACAGCGCCAGCCCACGCUUCUGCUGCCAGUUCAUCACUGCUGUCACUACCCUCUAUGACCUCACCUCAGAGGAGCUCACCCCUCCUUUAGAACUCCUCCAGAUGAUUGUUUCGUGGAUCCAAGAUGACCCUCGCCUAGUCUUGAUUACCUUCCUGAACUCGCCCCUCUCUGGCAACCAGCCAAUCAGUUCACUAGAUGUCACACCACUAGGGGGGUUGGUGCGCUGGUGCGUUAAAGCACCGCUGGCCUACAUGAGAGAAAAGCAGCUGGCAUUGACCAAUGGCAGCACUGAAAGUGAGCCAGAAGCAGGGACUCUCUUCUCUGCUCUUCAUUUAAGUGUCCUUCAGGUCUUCAUGCUUCUGCCAAAUAUACUAAAUGAGAAGGGGCUUUUUGGCCGGUUGGCACUACUCCAGAUGGAGUCUUUGGCUGCACUGACCUCUGAUCUUUCCCGACUGUUGGACCAGGCUGACAAACACACACACACGUCAUCCACAGGCACACACGCAUUGUCCCAACUGGCCUUGGACCGGCUGGCACAAGCCCUGCAGGUGGCCAUGGCCAACGGAGCCUUGCUCUGCUCGAGAGAGGACCUGAGAGCCAUCUGUUCCCGCCUCCCCCACAACAAUUUGCUGCAGCUGGUGUUGUCCGGCCCAGUGAUGUACUACAACAACAUCCACACGCCUCCACUGGCCUUCAGCCCGCAUGCAGCUCAUUCCCCCAUCGCCUCACACCCUGCACACACCCCACACACACCUCUUGCCACCCACCCCUCCCCUCACCCUCAGUACCCCACUCAGUCUUACAUGACUGGGAUGCCAUUUCCCUUCCGACCCAGCCACUAAGAAAUAAUAUCCAACUUGUUUGCAGAUGUGGAGUGUGUGUGUGUGUGUGUGUGUGUGUGUGUUGGGUAAUGAGUGUUGUUGUCUGUUUGUUAGCAUGCAUGAACUAAUCUAUGUGUGAGUGUUAUGUAUUAAGAUGCUGUAAAGCACAUUUGCUUCUGAGAAAGCCCGUGAUCUUGACAUGUUUGUCCAAUAAAUAUUUUUUUACUUCA